AUGUUUGCCUUCCAAGCCCAAACCGCUUCCCGCCGCUUCUUGGCUGCAGCAUGCCGCUACCGAAGCAUGUCCACGGUGCCCGAUGUCAUGAAGGCUGCCGUGAUCCGUGAGACUGGAGAUGCCAGUGUUCUGAAAAUUGAGAAUGAUUUCCCUGUUCCAGAAAUGAAGCCAGGUGGCGUGAUUGUAAAGAACCAAUUUGCGGGAAUUAACUUUAUCGAUACAUACCACAGAAAGGGUCUUUACCCCCGAGAACUUCCCUUUGUCGGUGGACAGGAAGGUGGCGGCACCGUUGCAGCCGUGUCCGACGAAGCAGCCGCCCAGGGAAUCAAACUAGGAGACCGUGUUGCCUACUCGGUUUUGGGAACUUAUGGUGAAUAUACAGCCGUUCCUGCUGCCAAAUUGUUGCCUGUUCCAGAUGAUGUGAGCCUGGAAGUGGCCACAUCAUGUGUUGUGCAAGGACUUACAGCCCACUACUUGACGACUUCGGCUCAUGCUGAUUUGAUUCAACCCGGUGAAUGGUGUUUGAUUCAUGGUGUUGGUGGUGGUACUUGCCAGUGGGCGGCUCAAAUGGCCAAACUCCGUGGAUACAAGGUAAUUGGAACUGUUGUCAAAGGAAAGCAAUCUAUUGCAGAAGCACUCGGAUGUGACGAGCUGAUUGUCUUGGACGAAGCCGAGGGUGCUGCCUUUGAAGACUAUGAAUCCGUGGAUGUAGUUGGGAAGGUUAAGGAAAUUACUGGAGGAGAGGGUGUGAAAUGCGUCAUUGAUGGUAUUGGCAAAAAUACCAUGGACAUUUCUAUUGAAUCCUUGGCACGCCGGGGUAUCUUUGUUUCCUUUGGAAAUGCCUCUGGUGCUGUCCCUGCAUUCCCUGUUCUUCGACUGAUUGGAAAAUCUGCCUACGUGACUCGUCCCAAGCUUUUGGAUUACGUUGUGGACCGCGAAGAACUUGUUUGGCGUUCAGGUGAAAUCUUUGGGUGGCUUAUGGAUGGAAAGCUCAAGGUCAGUGUUGAUACAGUCUUCCCAUUGGAUGAGGCGGCAGAGGGUCAUAUCUACCUCGAAGCUGGAAAGAGCACUGGAAAGGUUCUCUAUGAAAUCAAAUAA